GCGAUAUGUCGUCGAACUAAAAAAUGAGCAACUGCGUGUGCCACGAACGGAAGGAUCAGGAUCGCAAGGAAGCUCAGAAGAAGACAAACGGCAGAUGCGGAUGACAACCCUACGCACGCACUUCGCCUCUCAAACAAAAAAAGAAACUCACUCAAAACUUGGGCUCAAUUGGCCCAGCCAUAAGUUGUAACUGUAAAACGCGAGGCGCGCAACGGUGAAUCGCCAUCGACGCCAUGAGCAGAGCCGAUCCGGUGCGCCAAGUGCUCGCCGAUUUGAUCAGCGAGUCGCGGGCACCCUACACACCCGAGGGCAUCCUGCGCGAAUUCCGGGCCACCAGCGAGCGGCGUCUGCCCCUCCAGGACCUGCUCUGCAUCCUGGUGAACAUCAGCGGGAAGCGCCCCAACUUCAACGAGGUGACCGCCGAGGUCACGGACAUCCUGCAGCGCAAGGAUCCCAUGUACGCACUGCUCGUCUUCUCCGAACGCUACAGUCAGGGCGGCCUGUCCUCCAGAUCCAACGCCAGCAGCGAGAUGACCUCGUCGCUGGGUAGCAAGUUCUCGCUGUGCUCCUCGUCGGACAACUCUUCCGCCCCCUCAACGGGCCACUCGUCGGCACCUACAACGGCACGCUCAUCGGGACCAGGAACUGGCUCGUCCAGAAUAAGCCUGCCGCAGGCCCAGGACAUUCCCACCUCGACGCCGGUGAGCAGGAGGAGCGGCGACUUCGAGACCAGCUCCGCCGGCGGAGGCGGAGGAGGAGUCUUCACCAGGCGCCCCUCAUCGCAGCGCAGUACAGUAUCAAGCAAGGAGGACCGGGAUCGCGGCGACUUGAGUGUGAUCAAGGAGCGCGUGCUGAGCGCCGUUUCCAACCGUUCACUCAACAGCUACCGCUUGCUGACCAGCGAUCCAGCCAGCAGCAGAGCGAACAUCGCCAAUGGCAGCGGUGCCAAGACGCCAACGCACUCCGUGGUGGCGCCCUCAGGCCUGCCCGAGGAGGACCGCACCCAUUUGCUGUGGGACUACUACAAGGUGGACGGGAAGAAGCUGCAGAAGCCGGAGAUCGCUGCCCUGCCGGUGACCAGCCAGCAGAAUGUGAUGCUCAGAGAGCUGCUGCACUGCCUUACGGGCGUACGCGAGAGCUCCCUGGUGCCCCUGCAACCCGACCAUACCAGCGUGGGCCUGGCCAAGUUCGAGACGACCUUUGCCAUUCACAUGCAGCUCGACCGCUCGCUGGCGGAGCUGGUGCAGGACAUCUUGCCACUGGCCUCCUUCUUUAUGGGCAUACAAAAGAUUGUCACGACCACCGAUGGUCAGGGUCAGGUGGUCAACUCGCUGAACGAGGCACUGCAGGAGCUUGCCCACGACUACUAUCUAUUGAUCGUACAAGCCGAUGCGGAGCUGAAGCACAAGCGGCUGACGUUGCAGAAGUUACUGUACUACCUGCAGCCGACGAUCUGGGUGAUGGAGGAGAUCUGGACGUCGUUGGUGGACAUACAGCUAAGCAAUCACUGCGAUGCCGCUGUGCUGACGUAUCUGCACGAGCGGAUCAAGCGACUGGAGGGCGACCGGCAGACCCAGCGGCUGAUCAUUGGACUGGCGCGCAAGGCGGCCGAGCCGUACAUGCGCAUGCUGAAGCUGUGGAUCCAGAAGGGAACGAUUGUGGACCGCAACCAGGAGUUCCUUGUGGAGGACAACGAGGUUAUUCACCGCGACGAGCUGCCGGAACACUACUCGGACGACUACUGGGAGAAGCGCUAUUCAAUUCGCCGUGGCCACAUACCUUCGUUUUUGGAAAAGUUCUCGGACAAGAUUCUGCGCACCGGCAAGUAUCUCAACGUGAUCCGGCAGUGCGGCAAGCGGGUGAUGCCCACGCAGGAGAUGCGCCUUGAGUACGACCCAACCAGCGAGCUGCAUGUGUCCGUGAUCAACGACGCCUACUACUUUGCCGCACGCAUGCUGCUGGACGUGCUGCUGGCGGAGAACGACCUGAUGGGCCACCUGCAGUCGGUGAAGCGUUACUUGCUGCUCAAUCAAGGCGACUUCACAAUGCAGUUCAUGGACGCGUGCGAGGACGAGCUGUCCAAGAACGUCGACCAGGUGCUGCCCAUGACGCUGGAGAACCUACUGGGGCUCACGCUGCGCCUUUCCUCGGCUCGGAACGAUCCCUACAAGGACGAUCUGCACUGCGAGCUGCUGCCCUACGACCUGGUCACGCAAAUGUCCAAGAUAAUGAACCAGAAGGAGGAGUACUGGCAGUCGCAGCAUCGUCUCGACCUCAGCGGCAUCGAGUGCUUCGCCUUCACAUACGAGGUCAAGUGGCCCGUGUCGCUGGUGCUCAACCACAUCGCCAUCUCCAAGUACCAGAUGCUCUUCCGGCAGCUCUUCUACUGCAAGCACGUGGAGCGUCAGCUUUGCAAGAUUUGGAAGGAGAACUCUAUUGCCAAAAGGUUCUCGCCGCAAGCGGCUGAACUUUACCGAUCGGCGUUCACUUUGCGCCAGCGCAUGAUGAACGCCAUCCAGAACCUGGAGUACUACAUGAUGAUCGAGAUCAUCGAACCCAACUGGCACAUCUUUAUCGAGAAGAUGAAGAAGGUGGAGAAUGUGGACAACGUGCUGCUCCUGCAUCAGGACUUCCUCGACUCGUGCCUCAAGAACUGCAUGCUGACAGAGUCCUCGGAAAUGAACCGCUCCAUUUUCAAGCUGUGCAACGUCUGUCUCAAGUUCUGUGACUUCAUCCAGCGCUCGCAGCGUUUCUUCCUGGACGCCGAGCUCAAGUCGAUGGUAUGUGACACCCACGACAGCGCGGACAGCUCCGAAUCCGAACCGGAGAGCUCGCACCGGCCACAGGUACAGUUGGAGACCUCGUUGGAUCCUGCAGAUACCUUCUCGGAGCGUGUUAAUCGCUUUGAUCUAGAGUUCACCGGCCUACUUAUAUCCUUCCUUAAGCAAAUCAAUACUAUGGCAAAGAAGAACACCGCCGAUCGCUUCAUGAAUCUCGUGCACCGCAUCAACUUCAAUGCAUUCUACUCGGAUCAAAUGGAUAAACUGUGUGUGAAGGAUGCCAUGGUCUAGGCCAACUCUUGGAACGGAAUAUGUGGAUAUGGAAAGCAUAAAAGACGAGAACAAAGUAUUAGAUAAAUGAAUUUAAUAAUCACGAACCGCACAUUUAAUUAGAGUGUUUUCCCAUCAUUCCCGCAUGUCUUAUAAUUUGCCAUCCAACUAAACGCACAAAUUGUUUUUCGUUUAGUUGUAAAAUUUCGAAUAUUUAUGAACUAAUAAACCCAAUGAUAUGUAA